UUCGAUUUGACAGAUAUUAUACCAAAUCUGAGGUUAAUGCAGCCAUCGACGCUAUUGUCUUUCCUGGGGAAUUUACAAGAGCAGGAAAUGGCUUGACAGCAGUUCGUAAUGAGCUUUUCGCCAAUGGUCGCAGUGGAAUACCAAACUUCCUGGUCGUUUUAAUGGAUGGUGUGUCUAUUGAUGACAUUUCUAUUCCCUCUGCGUUCUUCAGAGCCAUGGAUGUCUACGUCCUAGCCGUCGGAAUCGGCGAUUUCUACGCCAAACCUCAGUUAGAUGAAAUAGCGAACGACCCAGACUCUGCUUACGUGUUUGAAGCGUCGUCUUAUGACAUGUUGCCGACUUUAGCGACCAGAAUCAAGGCAUCAAUAUGCAAUGUGGUUGAUCACUGCUUCAGCAGUCCAUGUUACAACGGAGCAACCUGUGACAGUCUGUUGGACAGGUUUGUCUGCACAUGUCCGGACGGUUUUACUGGACUAACCUGCCAGUCUGAUAUCAAUGAGUGUUUGUCCUCAUCAUCUUGUACAAACGCGAACAAAAUCUGCAUCAACUUUCCUGGAACUUUCUUUUGUAACUGCAAGCCAGGAAACUAUGAAAUUCAAAAUCAGUGUAGUGGAGAGUAUGGAGUCAUUUUCAACAUUGCCUUUGUAAUAUAUACUGGAGAGAGCAUUGACCAAUAUCACAACGGGAACUUUGUGAAGCAAAUCGAAUUUGUCAAAGGUCUUUCCAAAACGUUCAAUGUUUCGGAAAACGAUACGAACGUUGGCAUCAUUACUUAUGCUGGUGAUGCAGCAGUCAGAUACAGAUUUGAGGAUAUCACCAACCAAACAGACCUGGAAAACACUCUGGACACCCUUACAAUAAGCGGCAGUGGAAGAAACAUUGGUAAAGCCUUAGAUGUGGCACGAACGGACCUUUUUAACCAAACAAUUCCNCUG